AUAAUAAUAAUGACAAUAAAGGCAAAGGUUAUAGUUAUAAAGAAGAUGAAGAUAAUGAUAAUGAUAAAGAAGGCAAAGGUAAUAGUGAUAAAAAAGAAGGUAAAAGUAAUAGUGGUGAUAAAGAAAGCAUGGGUAAUGGUAGUAAUAAAGGAGGAGGUAUAGGAGGUAAAGGUAAUAGUGGUAAAAAAGGAGGCAAAGGUAAUGGUAGUAAUAAAGGAAGCAUAGGUAAUGUUGGCAUAAAGAAGAUAUAG